AUUGCAGCGUACUCAACGCGCAGACCGUGUAAACAGAUAAUUAGAUCCCUGCUGUUAAUCUAAGUCGGUCAUUAGAGAUCGGAAUGCAUCUUGGGUCCAUGUUACGGCGGCCCGACGUCUCACUUCCCCGGCUCCGGGGCCGGACCCCCAGCCGGCGCUGGCCACACAUCUAUCACCGGGCCGGGCGGAAGUAUGUCUCGCCUCCGCACCUGGCACCACGAGCGUUACACCGGACGUCGAGACAAGAUAGCACAAUGCCACUUCGCCAUCGAUCGAACCCUGGAUGUCCCACCUGGCGUGUGCCCUCGUCCGCCCAUCCAAUGUCACCUCACACCACCGCGUCGCCGACGCGCGACCCCAUCGUCGCUUCCAAUCAUUGGCAUUUCCCCUCCACGAGAGUCCCAACAGAUCAUACCACACCCAUCGGAUGUUCAGUGAACUACUAAACUCUAGAUUUAGACGUAGUACACCGGCCAGCCGGUGAGUGUUUGCCAUCGCCUGCGGCUAACUACGUUCCCUUGGACUCGAUCGCCUCCACGGAUGAACUAUCCCCAAGAAGGGCUUAUCAGCCGUCACUACGGCCGCUCACACCAUCUCUUAACUUGGUCUCAACUUCUCAACGUCACCUCAAGAGGCAUGGCACGCAACGCACGCCCCCUCCCAAAUUCCCAAUCUCUCUCAUGUUCCGCCGUUCGACAGGGUCGGCCUGUCGGCU